UAUCUCAUUUCAUUGUAUAUAUUGUAAUACCAGCCACAUCUUUCUAGUAAAUGCCCCCACUGCCCCCACUCUUUUACAUUUCUUUUCAUUCCCCAUCUUUCUUUUGCUUAUACUUACUCUGCGCUCUGUUCGUAAUGAUGAUGUUAAAUCUCUCUGGUUGCAGAUUUCAAGCAUCAUGCCUGUGGCAGCCACCGGCACGGAGCAUGCAUUCUGUGAUGGAAAUAACGCAGUGCCGCAGGUGCUGGACACACUGAGUGACAGCACCAGCUCCACCACGGCCAAUGACCUGGACCUCAUCUUCCUCAAGGGCAUCAUGGAGAGCCCAGUGAGCGCAGAGAGUCUGGAGGAGACACGGCUGGAGGCCGUGAGGGACAAUAAUGUGGAGCUGGUGCAGGACAUCCUGAGAGAGCUGAGCCCCUUCACACACCGCAGCAACACGGCCGCAGAGCUGUCCCGCAUCCUCAACCAGCCGCACUUCCAGUCUCUGUUAGAGACGCACGACUCGGUGGCCUCUCAGACGUGUGAGACUCCACCCUCGAGCCCCUGUGCUUUCAUGGAGCCGCCCAUCAACACUGCACCGGUGCCAGCUGAUGCCAUCCGCAUGGUGGGCAUCCGCAAAGUGGCUGGAGAGCAUUUGGGUGUGACGUUCCGUAUUGAGAACGGAGAGCUGGUGAUCGCCCGUAUUCUCCACGGGGGGAUGAUCGACCAGCAGGGACUGCUCCACACGGGUGACAUCAUCAAAGAGGUGAACGGGCGAGAGGUGGGCGACGACCCUCGUGUGCUGCAGGAGAUGCUGCAGGAGGCCAGCGGCAGCGUGGUGCUCAAGAUCCUUCCCAGCUACCAGGAGCCGCAUCCCCCCAGACAGGUUUUUGUGAAGUGUCAUUGUGAUUAUGACCCUGCCAAUGACAACCUCAUCCCUUGCAAGGAGGCGGGGCUACAGUUCUCCAGAGGAGACAUUCUGCAGAUUGUUAACCAGGAGGAUGUGAACUGGUGGCAGGCGCGUCACGUCGAGGGAGGCAGUGCUGGCCUGAUUCCCAGUCAACUUCUGGAGGAGAAGAGGAAAGCUUUUGUGAAGAAAGAUGUUGACCUUUCACCAGCAGCCAAUCUCUGCACUGGAAUGGUUGGCAAGAAGAAGAAGAAAAUGAUGUAUCUAACUACAAAAAAUGCAGAUUUUGACAGGCAUGAGUUACUGAUCUAUGAGGAGGUGGCAAAAGUCCCACCCUUUCGCCGGAAGACGCUGGUUCUGAUUGGUGCAGCUGGAGUGGGCCGACGAAGUCUGAAGAAUAAGUUGCUAGUGUCAGACCCUCAGCACUAUGGCACCACCGUCCCCUACACCUCUAGGAAGCCCAAAUCAGCAGACAGAGAGAACAUGAUGUAUGCCUUCACGUCCCGGAGUAAGAUGGAGGCUGAUAUUAAAGCUGGCCACUAUCUUGAACACGGUGAAUAUGACGGUAACCUCUACGGCACCAAGAAUGACUCCAUCCAUGAAGUCGUGGAGGCGGGACGUAUCUGUAUCCUGGACGUCAGCCCACAGGCCCUAAAAGUCCUCAGGACAUCAGAGUUUUUGCCGUAUGUGGUGUUCAUCAAAGCCCCAGAGUUUGAGGUGCUGAAGGCCAUGAACAGAUCUGGGGUGGAGGCAGGAGUGACCAAACACCGAACAGACGCAGAACUGAAGAGGACGGUGGAUGAGAGCGCCAAGAUUCAGAGAGUGUACGGACACUACUUCGACCUCACCAUAGUAAAUGACGAUUUGGAGCAAGCGUACAGGAAACUCAAAUCCUCCUUAGAGGAGUUAAAGGGAGCUCAGCAGUGGGUUCCAGUUGGGUGGGUGUUUUAGAGCUCACUACAGCAACUAGUGGAUGAUUCAUGUGACACUUUAUAACAGUGUUAACCUCAUGCCAGGGGUGUUCACUGAUCAGAGAGCUUACAUGAGUGUGUGUGUGUGUGUGUGUGUGUGUGUGUGUGUGUGUGUGCGUGUGUGUGAAAUCACUAUCUACCCUACAAAAACAGGUUAUAGAUAACUCGUGUCAGAAUUGAAGUACAGUCUCAUCUUUUUGUUCAGUAAACAUUCAAGUUUCAGUUCAGAUGUUUUUUGAAAUGUGAAAUAAUUUUUUCUUUAAUUUUACACAAAUAUCUGAACAUCCUUUAACAAUUAAGUUAAAAAGAAAGAUACAUUUAUUUCAGAUGCAGAACUGUAAGACAAAACUGUAUUAUAUAUUUUUUUAAUGUAAUCUUUUCAAAAGGUUGUUAGAUUUAUUGGGUUAAAACAAACAAACGAUCAAAUAAACAAACAAAAAAAGAUCUGUUCAAAAGUUUGGGGUCAAUAUUAUUUUAAUAAAUUAAUACUUGAAUAAUUGAUUAAAAUUGACAGUAAAGACAUUUAUAUGUCACAAAAGAUUUCUAUUAAAAUAAGAGCUGUACUUUUGAACUCUCUACAUCCUAAAAAAAUGAAUCACGAUUUCCACAAAAACAUUUAAGCAGCACAACUGACAAUAUAAGAUAUGUUUCCUGAGCAGACACUGAAGACUGGAGGAAUGAUGCUGAAUUCAGCUUUAAUAUCACUGGAGUAAAUUACAUGUUAAAAUAAAAACUUAAAAACAAAGGAAAUUGUAAUAAUAUUACACAACUGCUGCUGCUUUGCUGUAUUGUUUAUCAAAUAAAUGUAGCCAUCAUGCAUAAGAAAACAAAUCUGAAUCGAACCCAAACUUUUGAAUGACAGUAUUUAUUCUCUAAAAACACAUCUUAUGCAGAUUUGCUUCUCAAGUAUUUUAACAAGUUACGUUUUUAAAACAUAAUUUUGAUUUCAAGCCCACAGUUUAGUACAGGUCUACAUCAAUUCUGUUUGUGGUAGGUGUUUGGACAGUGUUUCAUCUCUGAAUUAUAUUUUUAUCAUAAGGCUCUAUUUUGCUCAGCUCCUGUUGUUGUGUCAGGCACAUGACUUUUGUACAGUUUUUUUUUUCAUAUACAUCCAUAUUACAGCACCAUUCUUUCUGAAUUUAGCACAGGAAUAUAUGGAAAUGUGAUCAUUAACAAACAGAAACAGCAGGCAGAUAAUAUUUGCACACAAUAAACUGUGCAGAAGGUCACUGAAUGCAGCAUAUAAUUCAUUUCAGAUGGAUCUUUUUGCAGAUCACCAACAUUGUGAACUAUAUUUAUAUAUUUAGAUAUGUUAUAACAGUAUAUACCUAUUUAUUUAUUGAUUCGAAAAAGGACCAAACCUCAUUUUUACAUUUAAAUUGGACACGAACCUGUGAAUUGAAGGGAAGAACAGUGCUAUAGAAUGGCAUUAACACCUUUAUAUCAAUAUGUAUGAAUAUGCUCUCAGUGUAAAAUGUUGUGACUGCAUGUAAUCUGUGUAUCUGCUCUAAUUCAUAGCAAUUUAUUCUAAUGCUGUAUAUGCUUAUUGGAUGAAAAUAUCUUUUUCUUACGGACAAACCCUCUCUACUUUUUUAUUACGAAUGAUCAUUCUUCAGUAUUCUUCUGUUUAUUUUCACUGAUUAUAAUUCAUGUCAAUGAUAUUUGGCUUGAAUAUUGGCAGCUAUCGUUUAUUUAUUAGUUUUUUUUAUCAUUUAUUAUCUGUG